AUGAGGAAAUGGGGUUUUAAUGGUAGUUUGGGCUGUGUAUUCUGCAGUUGUUCGCUGGAAACCUCAGACCAUUUGUUUGCAGAGUGUUUGCUGUACAGGAACAUGAUACAAAAGCUGUUUGGAAGAUCAGAGGUUUUCACUUCUCUGAACAGUGAGCUGGGUUGGAUGCAACAGGUCUUUGGGUCUCAAAAUGUGAAGUCUCAAGUGGGGAGAGCCAUGUGGCAUAGUCUGAUUACCGUGGUGUGGCGAGAGAGGUGCAACAGAGUUUACUUGGGAAAUUGCAAGGACUGUGACGUAAUGUGCAAGGUUGUAAGGGAGGAAAUUAUAGGACUGUUUGGUAGAAAUAUAUAUGAAUCCUUUUUUGAUACGUAG